GUUAUGUUGUAGGUCGAAACAAAAGGCGCAAGAAACGCUAAGUUUUGAGAUGGCGUGUGUUAAAGUGAAAAACCAAGUUUUUGAAGUAUCUCCUCGAUAUACUGAUCUGAAUUACAUCGGGGAAGGCGCAUAUGGAUUGGUUGUUCGUGCGUAUGAUACUUUAAAGCGUGAAAAGGUUGCCAUCAAGAAGACCUCACCAUUCGAAAACCAAACCUUCUGUCAGAGGACUUACCGAGAAUUAAAAAUACUUUUGGGUUUCUCACAUGAAAAUAUAAUUGACAUUAAGAAUCUUUUACUGGUUGGAAACACACUGGAGGAUAUGAAAGAUGUUUACAUCGUUCAAACCUUAAUGGAUACUGACCUGUACAAGUUGCUAAAAGCGCAAGAAUUAUCAAGAGAACAUAUUUGCUAUUUUCUGUACCAAGUGCUUCGGGGUCUGAAGUAUAUCCACUCCGCAAAUGUUUUGCACCGUGAUUUGAAGCCCUCUAACUUAUUGUUAAAUUCCAGCUGUGAUCUGAAGAUCUGUGAUUUUGGAUUGGCUCGAGUUAAUGAUCCUGAACAUGACCACAUGGGUAUGCUAACGGAAUAUGUUGCUACGCGGUGGUAUAGAGCUCCAGAAAUUAUGCUUAGUUCAAAAAAUUAUACCAAAGCAAUCGAUAUUUGGUCUGUGGGCUGUAUUUUUGGAGAGAUGCUCAAUCGUAGACCAUUGUUCCCAGGAAAACAUUAUGUGGAACAGUUGACCCUUAUCAUUGGAGUUUUAGGAUCGCCAAGUAAAGAGGAUAAAAUGUGGAUUGUAAAUGACAAGGCCCGAAGUUUUGUAGAGAAGUUUAAAAGCAGCCCUCGGAAGUCAUGGAAGGAUUUAUAUCCUACAGCUGAUGCUAAAACUGUUGACUUGUUGGAUCGCCUAUUAACAUUCAAUCCAACCACACGUAUUUCUGUCGAAGAAGCAUUAGCCCAUCCUUAUUUUGAGCAUUAUUAUGACCCAAGUGAUGAGCCUGUUGCUAAAAGGCCUUUCAGUUUUGAAGAAGAACUGGAUAACUUACCAGUCAGACAGUUGAAGAAAAAGAUCUUCCAAGAAGUCAGUCAAUUUCGUGAACCAGAUUGAUACGGGUAUCUGUUAUUUAUUUCCUCAUUAUUCUAAAGUGUUAUUUUUCUUUCAUUUGUCAAGAUAUUAUUGUACACUUGGCUGUUUUAUUCAGUUUGUAAACAUUCCAUAGUGUUUUUGAUUAUGGCGAGAGUUGUUUAGCCAUUGUGUUUUCUUCAAAUCUGAACCGCAUACAUAUAUGUAUUAUUUCACUUGGAAAAAUGUAUUUUUCUCCUCGUGUACUUUUUCGUUACACUAUUGUAUUAUUGUUAUUGCCUCUUCCUUCUUUCGUCUGUUAAUUUAAUAAAUCUUCUUUAGAUUGAUCAACUCACAGUUAUGAAUAGUGAUAUUAUUUUUAUCCCCAUCCAUACUACUACCGUCGUGAAAAUCGUGCCUUAAUUGUUCAGUAGAAUAUAUAUAUAUAUAUAUAUAUAUAUAUAUAUAAGUGCUACUGAUAUUGGUCUCUAAUUGCUUAAUAAACACUGUGAGUAUAUUUACAAAAAUCCUACUAACAUACUGUGCAAUUUUGCUAAUCAUCUGUUUAUCUUAGAAAAAAACGCUUUUUGUAUAAAACACUUAUUAUACUGCUAAUUGACUUGUGCUGCGUUUUGUGUUUGUUUAAGUUAAUAUAUGUUCAACAUGUAUUAUCUCUCUUCUACUCAUCUUGAAGUAAUUUCUCUUCAUGGAAAUAUACACUUCAUGCUAUAUAUACCGUCAAUUUAUUUUUUUAUAUCUAACUACAGUUGUCUUCUUAGCAUAUAAAUUAUAAUAUAUGCAUGCCUACAAUUUUUAUUUUUACCGUUUGUCUUUCGUGAAUCUUGUAAGUUCGCUGUGAAUAGAAUAGAGUUUUAUCCACCAUAUAACGAAUAUGUAUUCUCAGUUUGUUUUUUACCGACUAUCCAUUGUUAUCGCCUUUAUUAUCAUUAAUAGUAAUAAUAAUAAUAAUAAUAAUAAUAAUAAUAAUAAUAGUAAUA